CACAUUUUAUUUUCAGCUCAGGCUUGUGCAGAUGUCCUGGCAUUAGCCAAAGAAGCUAGAAAGCGAAAUCUUGGUCCUCUUCAUCCUUCCUUUAAUGUGAUAAAGAUAAUAAGAGAUGGACUGAUGAGAAAUCUUCCAGAAAACACUCACCAGCUGUCAUCAGGCAGACUGUGUAUUUCACUAACCAGAGUGUCAGAUGGUAAAAAUGCGUUGAUAUCUAACUUUAACUCUAAAGAAGAAGUUAUCCAGGCUUUAAUCUGUAGUUCCUUUGUCCCCAUUUAUUGUGGCCUAAUUCCACCAUCAUUUAGAGGUGUGCGUUAUGUGGAUGGAGGAAUCAGUGACAACUUACCUCACUAUGAAUCAAAAAAUACCAUCACAGUUUCACCUUUCGCUGGGGAGUGUGAUAUCUGUCCAAAGGGGAAUUCUGCCAACUUCCAUGAAAUGAAUGUGACCAACACCAGCAUUCAGCUCAGUUUGGGGAACCUUUAUCGUUUAACACAAGCGCUCUUUCCACCAGAACCUAAGGUACUAGGAGAAAUCUGUGAGCAAGGAUAUUCAGAUGCUCUUAAAUUCUUGAAAGAGAAUGGUAUUCUGAACGACUCAAUUUAUAUCCACUUGUCCUUCCCAAAAAGAAAUCCUCAUGAGGCUGCACAACACAUUGACCAUAUGAAGAAAAAAAUACUGGCAGAAAAUAAUGGAGUAGAAACUUUGAAAAUGGAAGUACUUAAUGACCAACUAAAGCAAAGUCCAUGGCCUUUGGAGAAGAGUAUAUUUGAAAGUCUACCUCCUAGACUUCGUAAAGCACUGCAGGAAGCUUGUAAAGAACAGAAUGGAUUCUACGCUCAGUUCUCUAAACUCUUCCCUAUGCGAGUGAUAUCCUAUCUGAUGCUACCCUAUACACUACCAGUGGAGUCAGCUUACUCUGUUGCUUUACGGUUAGUAAACUGGUUUCCUGACAUGCCUGCUGAUAUUCGAUGGAUGCAAGAACAGCUUUGCCAGAUUGCUGGUACAGUCUAUUCCCAGGCUAAAAGCAAGCUGUUCUGUAUAUCCAGGAAAGACAAAUAUGCAUCACUAAGAAAAUGUCAAACUGUUCCAUCUACUAUGCAGUUUCAUUCUUCAUACUGCCACCUGAAAAUGCCUCGCUCUUCUGCAGACCUUGAAACCUGGCUCCGGGAAUCUUCAUGCUUCAUGCACUCAGCUGUGAAAAAUGCUUCUCCUAAUGUACAGGAGCAUUCAGACAUAAACUCCUAUCCUAAUUUUCUCCCAAAUCCUGAUGAGUCUGGGUUGGAAGUAGAUUUUGAUUCUUCCUCAGAGUCAAGUUUCCAAACUGCUCCAGAGUAUUAAUUUGGAAGUAGCUUCCACAGUUUCCAAAAUUCCAAUUUGGCAGAGAUUUAUUUCCUAAAGGAUUAAAGAUCACUUUG